AACUGAAGAUGAUUUCAAAGUAAAAGUCCUGCUUUUGCGCCGUAACUCGCAUUUUGCGUAAAUACAGCGCACAGUUAAUUAUCUUGAACUUUCCACUUGGCCUUGAGGACGUUUGAAGAUCUUUAAAUUAUGAGCAAAUAAUAAUAAUAAUAAUAAAUACAAACAAUAAUAAUUAAACAUGAGCGCGUCAAACUCCUUCCAUAAAGCUGAGAUCAUCACUGCAGUGUCCGUGACAUUUGGAGCUGCAGCAGUGGGAAUCCUCAUCUACAAAACAUUUUUCAACAAAGCCAAAUGUGUGAAGCCUAAAGUGAACCUUGAGCUGCAAAAAGACAACCCCAAAGUGGUGCACGCAUUUGACAUUGAGGACCUGGGAGACAAAGCCGUGUACUGUCGGUGCUGGAGAUCCAAAAACUUUCCAUACUGUGAUGGCGCACAUGCUAAACACAAUCAGGAAACGGGAGACAACGUUGGUCCUCUGAUAAUAAAACGCAAGGAGGCCUGAGCAUUUCCACUGUUCAUGACAGUCCUCCUUACUCAGUGAUACAGAAUAUGUGUCUUCGCUUUACAUGUGUGGUCGGGGUUGCUGGGAUUAAAUGUUUGAUUAUACUAUCCUGUGUAUGUGUGUUUGAUUAUAUAGUGGUUGACAGGUUCCAGUGAUCAGCAGUAGUAUAUAUAUACUGUUAAGCAAUACAUAUCUAUUUUCUCUUUUUAUCUGCUUAGACUUUAUGGGAUAACCGAUUUAUUCUGGUUUAGCCAAAAUCUCCUAAACAUGUUUCUGUGCUUAAACACUGGUCAUAUUACUGUAGGUACAUUACAGAUUAAAACUUGAAUAUAAAAACAGUCUGAAUUUGAAUAAAAACACAGUUUGAACUGAAUCUUGUUUGUUUUAAGAGAUAAACAUGAAUGUGAAAUUUGUAUGAAAACCAAAUGGCCACCUUCUCAUUUGCUCUUUGUGUGUGUGUUGCCUAUUAAACUUCACAUUUGACCUUAAUGGAAACUGACAUUCGAGUGGCAUUCUCCUCUUAUCUCUCUAUUUUUGAAUCACUGAAUAUGAUAGAUACUGUUUUAUGUCACUUAAAAUCUAAUUUGGUGGGCUAUAUUUUGCCUCUGUGCUUGCAGAAAGGCUAGAUAUAUUUCUAUAGCAGAAGAGAAAAUGUUACAUGGAGCAAAAUCAUGCUUUGAUGACCUAGUCUUUUCUGUGAAAUGAUUGUAUUUUUUUCUCUCAGAAAAAAGUAGGCUUACACUGACUGUACAAGUUUGAUGUUUAAUAAAGAAUGUCAAACUGA